AUGCAGUCUCAGAGGAUCCCUGGGAGAAAGCGAGGCCGACCCCCACUUCACUCAACGCCUGUGAAGAUGGCAGUUCAUAACCUUUAUUCUGCUUCAGCUGGUUCUUUACCAGCAGUGAAGAUCCCAAAGAAAAGAGGGCGGAAACCCGGGUACAAGCUCAAGUCUCGGGUGCUCAUGACUCCGUUGGCCCUCUCUCCUCCGCGGAGUACGCCGGAGCCCGACCUCAGCUCCAUCCCUCAGGACGCAGCCACCAUCCCCAGCCUGGCAGUCCCACAGGCUCUCACAGUCUGCCUCUACAUCAACAAGCAAGCCAACGCAGGGCCCUACCUGGAGAGGAGGAAGGUGCAGCAGCUGCCCGAGCACUUCGGGCCCGAGCGGCCGUCGGCGGUCCUGCAGCAGGCGGUGCAGGCGUGCAUCGACUGUGCCCACCAGCAGAAGCUGGUCUUCUCCCUGGUCAAGCAGGGCUACGGUGGCGAGGUGGUCUCGGUCUCGGCGUCCUUCGAUGGGAAACAGCACCUGCGGAGCGUGCCUGUGGUGAACAGCAUCGGGUACGUCCUCCGCUUCCUCGCCAAGCUGUGCCGCAGCCUCCUGUGCGAUGACCUCUUCAGCCACCAACCCUUCCCCAGGGGCUCCAGUGCCUCCGAGGAAGCCCAGGAGAACCCGGAAGGCAGGAUGGAGUCAGCAAACACAGUCACCACCGAAGAGAGCCUGGUGAAAACGGUGGGCAUGAACCGCUACAGCGUGGACCCCUCCGCCUCCGCCUUCAGCCGCAGGGGCUCCUUGCCCACCUCCUCCUCGCUCUGCUGCAAGAGGCAGAACUGCGGAGAUGGCCACCUUGGGGGAGGCCCAGCCAGCACUGCCGGCGGUCCCCGCACCAGUCCCAUGUCCUCUGGAGGCCCCUCGGCACCUGGGCUGAGGCCCCCAGGCUCCAGCCCCAAGAGGAAUGGGACCUCUCUUGAAGGCAACAGAUGUGCCUCGAGCCCUUCUCCAGACGGGCAGGACGCCAGGCGGCCACGGAGCAAGAACCCGUCCACCUGGACCGUGGAGGAUGUGGUCUGGUUUGUGAAAGACGCUGACCCGCAGGCCCUGGGGCCUCACGUGGAGCUCUUCAGAAAGCAUGAGAUUGAUGGCAACGCCCUCUUGUUGCUGAAGAGCGAUAUGAUUAUGAAAUACUUGGGCCUGAAGCUGGGACCUGCGCUGAAACUCUGCUACCAUAUUGACAAACUGAAGCAGGCCAAGUUCUGAAGAUUUUUAAAAGGCAGAAGCCGAAUCCAGACAGCAGGUCUCAAGGUUAUCUUCUGCCUUACCAACAUCCAGCCACCACCAAGAAAGAGAUUCUCUUCUUAGAAACAACAGCCACAAAGAUGUAGUCUUUUUACAAAACUCGCACAUCUCCGCCUUUUCAAAAAUUCAACCUGGUCCUUUUGAAAGGCUCCUUGGUGUCAAUGAUUUGCCAAAAAAAAUUUACAAAAAUGCCUAUUACUUGUAACAUUCCUGAUAGGUUGGUUGCCAUUAGAGUGGGUCCCAUUUUUACAAUGAAAGAGUGGGGAACUGAAUGCUAUUGCCCAAGGAGAAGAACCCAGGAGGGUUCCAAGGAUGUGAGAAGAACCUGUCUCUGCAGGCCUCGCGAGGGCGCCCACCACAGCACCACCUGCCUUUGACUCUGACCCCGGGACCUAUCAUUGUGAGCCUUGCCUGAUUCAGCUCUGGAAGCUGUCUUUUGAGGAUAAAUGCCUCACCUUGCACUAUCUGGAAAACUUGAAUUCUUUUGCUCUCUGAAGGGAAGAAAAAAAAUCUUUUUUAUUCCUAGUUAUCUGAAGUACUGUUUUAUCCCACUAGAGGGCAGACUGCUAAUGAAACUUCAGGACCCUCCCUGCUGUAGCCCGAGAAUUCGGUACUCAAUAGAUGGGUUAGGGUUUCUGUGAAGAAAAUCUAGCCCACACAGACAUAGGGAAUUUAUUUCAAGGUCAGCACCGCAGUUUGUAACUUGGGAAGACCUAAUUACCUCCCAAAGGUAAUUGGAAAGAAAUCAUCUCCUAGAAUGUUCUAGUUCGUAUCCAAUCAUGAUUACUGACUGAGAUGUACAAGCAGCAAAGGCAAGAAUUUGGAAGUACAUUCUUCCCAGAUGGGGCUUUGGAGCUUCU